CAGUAAUCUUGUCUGAAUUUCUCAAUGGUAAUGUUUCAACUUUCGUCACCAUCCACUAAUAUUCAGAAAAAAAAAAUACAAAUUUUGACUAGUAUUCACCAAGGAAAAUUCUGCAACCUCCGCAUCCUAAAAUCUGAAUCUUCAAAACCCUUUUUCGUUCAGAUUCAGAAUCCAGAAUCAUCUGAAAAACAAAAAAUGGAUGAAGAACAAAGCCACGCAUUGUACGCCAUGCAACUGGUGAGCUCCUCUGUUCUUCCGAUGGUUUUAAAGACAGCAACAGAUCUCGGUCUCUUCGACAUCAUAGCAGAAUCUGGACCUGCUUCUUUCCUCUCUGCUUCACAGAUCGCUUCUCGCUUGGCCGUUCAGACACAGCAUCAACCCGAUGCCAGUUCGAUCGAUCGGAUUCUUCGAUGCCUUGCGAGCUAUUCCAUUGUCAGGUGCUCUGUUUCGGUGGAUUACGAUGAUGGCGAGCCUUGUACAGUUUAUGGACUGGGUCCAGUUUCUAAGUACUUCACGAGGAACCGAGAUGAAGGGUCGUUAGCUCCGAUGUUGAACUUGUUUCAGGACAAGGCCGUGAUCGAUAUAUGGUACACCCUUAAAGAUGCUGUUCUUGAAGGAGGGAUUCCAUUCAACAGAGCUCACGGGAUGAACGCUGUGGAGUUUGUGGGAAGAGAUUCAAGAUUCCGGGACGUGUUCCACAGCUCCAUGAGAGAUUUCAAUGGCGUUCUCAUGAAAGAAAUUCUCAGAAAGUACACAGGUUUUGAUGGCGUGAAGUCCUUGGUGGAUGUCGGCGGUGGAAAUGGUUCUAUUCUCAAUAUGAUCAUCUCGAAUCAUCCUCACAUGAAGGGCAUUAACUUUGAUUUGCCCUCAGCUAUUAACUCGGCUCCGAGUUAUCCAGGCAUCGAGCAUGUUUCUGGUGACAUGUUUGCAAGCAUCCCGGACGGAGAAGCAGUUUUCAUGAAGUGGAUUCUCCAUUCUUGGAACGAUGAACAAUGCGUAGACAUACUCCGCAACUGUUACCAGUCGUUGCCGCCUCAAAAGGGUAAGGUGAUUGUUGUAGAUAUGGUGGUUCCAGACAUGACACAAGAAGACAGAACAGAACAGAGAAGCAUGUUUCAGUUCGAGCUCUUCUUGUUCAACAUGAAUCCAUCAGGAAAAGAAAGAACAAAACUACAGUUCGAAAGCUUAGCUAAAUCCGCAGGCUUUUCUCAUGUCCAAGUUUCAUGUUCAGCUUUCUGUUUUUCGGUUAUGGAGUUUCACAAGAAAGCGUGACUCCGAAUACAGAACAUUAUGAA